ACACCAAUACAAAGCAGUGUCUUAUUUCUCUAAAGGGUGAAAUAAGACUUUGUAGCUUUGUUGUCUGUGUGAAAUUGACCCAAAUGGUUCAUUAAGUGUUAAAUGUGUCAGACCCUUAAAGAGAUAAAAAAAUGUGGAUGUAAGAAAAAGAAUAAAAUCUGAAUAGAUGACGGAUUUUGACCUCUACUACACGGGGAAUGUCAUUCAGAAAUGCAAAUAGAGAGCUUAUAUCUGAAAUCCUCCAAAUAGAUCAAAAUGUGUGAUAAUUGAAGGUAUUUCAGGUUAAAAGGACAGAAGAUAGUAUCAAACAGUGUCUGCCCGCCCCCCUCACAACUAGUCACGCUCCAACUGUGACUCCCUGCUCCAUCACUACCACCUCUUUCCCUCUUCUUUCUCCUCCAAAGCAGCAGCAGUCGCUCACACAGCCCUCAUACCCACCAAACAGUGGCUGCAGCAGCAGAGAAGUCGCCUUUUUUUCUUUUCCUUCGCAGCUGUUUGCGGAAUCUGGCCUGAAUGGCGCUGCGUGCUGCGCUCCUCUGCUCUCUGAUCGGCUCUCUGCUUGGUCAAGGAGCAGAAGACGUCCCGAUCUCUGACUGCUGCAAGGACGGGGAGAAGCGUGGAAAUGAAAACAAAGACUGUGCUUCUCUUCCUCUUAUUUCUGCAUCGAUCACAUGCAGGAUAGUGCAGGAACAGUGCUGCACGGCGGCGCUGGAGGACAUCAUGUGCAAGACCGGAAUCAACUUGGCGAAACAACAGGGAGUCUGCGACUUUUUAUUGAACAACACCUGCGAGAUGAAGACCUCAAAGACGUGCUGCGACUGCUGCCUUUUGGGUAAGGUCAUGAAAGAACUGAGCUUACCCUGUAACGGAAACCUGCCGUUGAGCCACCAGUGCAUGGUGGUGUCCCAGACCUGCUGCAUGGAAGAAACACCCGGAAGCAAACAUCCUGUGGAUCCAAAUCCACCAAAUAUGGAUGAAAGCAGCAAUAACGGAGAUAAUUCAGUGCUGAGCGAUGAAUGUGAAGGGAAGUGUGCUCAUCACUGUUUGAAGAACAACACGUGUGCCUGCGUUAAGGGCUACAAACUCAACCCUGACGGAAAGAAUUGUGAUGACAUCAACGAGUGUCUGAUGGGUCUCAGCGACUGCCGGGCCGGAGAGCGCUGCAUCAACACCGAAGGCUCCUUCCGGUGUCAGAGAGAGGUCAGCUGCGGGACCGGCUACGAACUCACCGACAGCAACAACUGCAAAGAUAUUGAUGAGUGUGAGACCGGCAUCCACAACUGCGGACCGCAGUUCAACUGCCAGAACACCCAGGGCUCGUUCCGCUGCAUCCCCAAGGUUAAGUGUGACAGUGGUUACAUCCAGGACGCCCUUGGAAACUGCAUAGACAUCAAUGAAUGUAUGACCCUGACAAACCCGUGUCAUCGAGGACAGAUCUGCAUCAACUCUUUGGGCUCGUACUCCUGUCAGAGAAAUUCGGUGAACUGCGGUCGAGGAUAUCACCUUAGUGACGAUGGGACACGCUGCGUUGACAUUGACGAGUGUAAAGGCUCUGAAGAAGUGUGUCCAGGCCACGCUUGCAUCAACCAGGUGGGCUCCUACAGGUGUGAGUGUGCAACCGGCUACAACUUCAACAGCAUCUCUCGGACCUGUGAAGACGUAAACGAGUGCAGGUACUAUCCUGGCCGCCUGUGCGCUCACAAGUGUGAAAACACUCUGGGGUCGUACAAGUGUAGCUGCACCACCGGCUUCAAACUGGCUGAUGACGGCAGGAACUGUGAUGAUGUGAACGAGUGUGAGAACAAUCCAUGCAGUCAAGAGUGCGCCAAUGUGUACGGCUCCUACCAGUGCUAUUGUCGCCGUGGCUACCAGCUCAGUGAUAUCGAUGGCCUAUCGUGCGAAGACAUAGACGAGUGCGCCUUACCCACUGGAGGCCAUAUCUGCACCUACCGCUGUCGCAACAUUCCCGGCAGCUUCAGCUGCAUAUGUCCGGCUGAAGGUUACACCUUAGCCGCAAACGGGCGCAGCUGUCAGGAUCUCGAUGAAUGUGUAGCAGGAAGUCACACGUGCACGGAGAAUGAGAGCUGCUUCAACAUCCAGGGAGGAUUUCGAUGCCUCUCUUUUGUCUGUCCCAACAACUACAAGCAAGUGGGGGAGACGUCGGCGAGGAUUCAAGGCUCCGACACCAUUCGCUGCUCCAAAUCCUGCCAGCCCAACGACAUCGCCUGUGUUCUGGAUCCCAUCCACUCGGUGUCCCACACCUUCAUUUCUCUGCCUACUUUCAGGGAGUUUGGGAAACCAGAAGAGAUCGUUUUUCUGAGAACAACAGUUCCGGUGUACUCUUCCUAUCAGUUCGGUGGAUACGAUGUCAGAUUCGACAUCCUGGAGGGGAACGUGGAGAAUGCCUUCGACAUCGUCAAACGGAUAGAGAACGGACGGUUCUUGGGUGUUGUUCGCCAAGUGAAGCCUUUGGUGGGCCCAGUGGAAACGGUACUGAAGCUGUCCAUGCGGAACCUGUCCUCUCACGGGGAUGCUGGCCAAAACAUCAUCAACGUUCACGUUUUUGUGUCAGCGUUCUGGUUUUAGGAGAUCCUUCCAGAAUCAGCUGUAGAGAUUGAGAUUUGGACUUGAGUCACAUUUAGGUCUCACACUCAGAGACUCGAGACUUGACUUAAGACUUGAAGUUUGGGACUUGUGAACAAUUUUCCUUUGCUUGGGUUUUGGAUUUUUUUUAGCUCCAGGACAUCAAUGCCAAGUCUUAAGAUAAAAACUUUCUACAAUAAUUUGACACCAAAAAUACAGAAACUACAAAUUUAGUUGUGAUUUGUAACCAAAAGUUGUGUUUUAAGACUCGAGACUUGACUUAAAAUUAAAGCUAAUGACUUCAGAAUUGACUCGAACUUGUCUCUAGAGACUCAAGACUUGACUUGGCCUUGGAAAAAGGGAUUGGAGAACAUCUCAACUUUUAAGACACAAGACUUGACUUGAACUUAAAGCUAAAGACUUCAGAAUUGACUUGGACUUCCAGAAAGGGAUUAGAGAACACCUUUACAAUAAACACAUUGGUACGUAGCAAUACAUUGUUGAAUUACUGGUACUAUUUUGAAAAAAAAAAAAUACUUGUGGCUGUUGUUUAGUUUAACCCUGGUUAGAGUUGUAAACUUUAUUUUUAUUACAAAUUCAGAGGAUGCUGGUCAAUAUAAAAAAAACAUAAUACUUCAUGCUACUAAUAAAUAUUUUAAAUAUUCUGACUUUUUUAUGUUAUUCUAGAUGCAUGCAUAUAGUGGCAUCAAUACAUGCAUGAGAUUUAUUUUAAGCAAUUCUCUCAUAAAGAUGCCAUAUUUUGCUUAUUAAACAUCAACCUUUCUUUAAAUGUACAUUUUGUGUAUUAAAGAAUUCCUACUAUAAAAUAAACAGCAUUAUUUGGAGCACUUGUCAUGUGCAUGUGGUCAGUGUGUAAAUUAUCACAAACACUCAAUAAAGGUGCAAAUGUCUUAA